AUGUCUACUGCCGUCGAGAACACUACCGACAACGUCGCCUCUGCUCCCGCCACUACCGCCCCCGAGGCUACUACCAACGGCACUGCUCCCGCCCCUGCGCAGUCUACGGACGCUGCCGCUGCCAGUGCCGAUGAAGGACGUCGGUUGUACAUUGGGAACCUCGCUUAUGCGACCACUGAGGGGGAGCUGAAGGAGUUUUUCAAGAACUACAAGAUUGAGAGCGUCUCCAUCCCCGUGAACCCUCGCACCAACCGUCCCGUUGGCUACGCCUUCGUGGACCUCGCCACUGCCCAGGAGGCCACCGCUGCUAUUGAGGAGCUGUCUGGAAAGGAGAUCCUCCAGCGCAAGGUCUCUGUGCAGCUUGCCCGCAAGCCCGAGCCCGCCGAGGCCAAGGCCGAGGGUGCUACAAGUGGCGGUGAGGGUGCCAGCGGUAACGAGGGCCGCAAGAGGGCUGGUGGCCGUGGCCGUGGCCGCGGUCGCGGUCGUGGUCGUGGAGGCCGUCUGCCCCGUGCUGGUCGCUCUGCCCCAGUUCAGAACGGUCAGGAGGCUGCCGAGCCCACCAACGUUCCCGGUCAGGCUGCUCCUCUGACUGAGGUCACCAACCAGAACGAGACCGCUGCUGCUGCCGAGUCCAAGCAGGCCGGCAAGCCCCGUGCUCCUCGUCCCCAGAAGCAGCGCGGUCCUCCCGAGGAUGGUAUUCCUUCCAAGACUAAGGUCAUGGUUGCUAACCUUCCUUAUGACCUGACCGAAGACAAGCUCAAGGAGAUCUUUGCCGACUACCAGCCCGUCUCUGCCAAGAUUGCUCUUCGUCCCAUUCCCCGUUUCAUGAUCAAGAAGCUCCAGGCUCGCAACGAGCGCCGUAAGGGCCGUGGUUUCGGUUUCGUCACCCUGGGCUCCGAGGAGCUCCAGAACAAGGCUGUCCAGGAGAUGAACGGCAAGGAGAUCGAGGGUCGUGAAAUCGCCGUCAAGGUCGCCAUCGACAGCCCCGGCAAGGAGGACGACGCUGUCGCCCCUGCUGAGGCCGAGACCACCGAGCAGGCGACCGAAACUCCGGCUCAGGAGAACGCUGCUCCCGCUGCUGCUUAA